UCUGACCGCUUUGACACGACUGCAGUGUGUGGAGCAGAGAGCGAACAUCAGCCUGCAGGUGACUCGUACAGGUCGGCCUCACCUGCAGCCCAACAAACAGAUAACAGGAAGCAGUGUGAGCCAGCAGAGGGCGCUCCUCCUCCUCCUCCUCCUCCUCCUCCGUCACCACAGCUGCUCAGGCAGGAGGUGGGGGGGGGCUGUGCUUGUUUCCCUUCUGGUGUGUUUUACAUGUCAGCAGUGUGUUCAACACGUGGACGAGCGUCAGCCUUCACGUUAAACUCUCACAUGUCAACAAAGUGUGUGUUGUCAGCGCGCAGAGCUGUGGAUCGAUCGCUCCUAUUGAUUAUUGAUCUGAGCUGCUGGCCAGUAGAGGCUCAGCAGAUGUUACAUAAGCAGCAGCCUGUCUGUCUGUCUGUCUGUCUGUCUGUCAGCUGUCAGCUGUCGGAGAGCAACGCUGGAGUCGAGCAGGACCACAGUCUUCUCUCAGCCAGGUGAGCACAGAGAUGCUGGGGACUCUUCCCAGGUUUCCCACCGUCCCUGCCCUGCUCAGCUCGCUGCCCAGAGGCGUCAGUCCUCCCAGCCUGCCGCGAGGUGUGACCAUACCCAGCCUGCCCAGGGGGAUGUCGCUGCCGAGGCCGGUCGCCAUGUCGACUGUAUCCCAGGCUCCUCGGAGGCUUCUGCAGGACUGCUGCUCCGUGCUGGACCACCAGACUCCUGGAGGUCUGUGCGGCUGCUGCUGGGCGUUACGUCCUCGCUACAAGCGUCUGGUUGAUAAUAUCUUCCCAGAAGACCCUGAAGAUGGGCUGGUCAAAGCCAACAUGGAGAAGCUGACGUUCUUUGCCCUGUCGGCUCCUGAGAAACUGGACCGCAUCGCUGCGUACCUGUCAGAGCGACUGACCAGAGAGCUGAGCCGCCACCGCUAUGGGUAUGUGUGCAUUGCGAUGGAGGCGAUGGAGCAGCUGCUGCUGGCCUGUCACUGUCAGAGCAUCAACCUGCUGGUGGAGAGUUUCCUCAGCACGCUGCGUCUGCUGCUGGAGGCCGACAAACCACACCUUCACGUCCUCGCCACCAGCUCUUUUGUGAAGUUCGCCAACAUCGAGGAGGACACGGCGUCGUAUCACCGCAGCUACGACUUCUUUGUGUCUCGCUUCAGUGAGAUGUGUCACUCCCAGCACGAAGACCUCGGCGUCCGCAGCAGGAUCCGUGUGUCGGGGAUCCGUGGUCUGCAGGGCGUCAUCAGGAAGACGGUGGACGACGAGCUGCAGGUGAACAUUUGGGAGCCGCGUCACAUGGAGCAGAUUGUUCCCGCCCUGCUGGUCAACCUGCAGCAGCACACACACACUGACAGUGAGUCUCCAGCAGAGCAGACUGAGGUGUGUUUCAGGGAGCUGUUGGGCCGAGCUGCUUAUGGACACAUUAACAACGCGAUCAGACCUGUGCUGAUGCACCUGGACAGUCACAGUCUUUGGGAGGGACGCAGCUUUGCUGUUCACUGUUUUCAGAUCAUCAUGUACUCCAUCCAGUCCCAGCAUUCACACCUGGUGAUCCAGCAGCUGCUGGGUCACCUGGACGCCAACAGCAGGAGUCCAGCCUCAGUCAGGGCCGGGAUCGUAGAGGUUCUGUCUGAAGCUGCUGUGAUAGAAGCCACAGGAUCCGUAGGUCCCACAGUACUGGAGGUGUUCAACACGUUACUGCGGCAGCUCAGACAGAGCGUCGACUACCAGCUGACUGGUUACUACGACGACGCUGGGAAACACAAAACCACCUCGAGUGAAGAGAAGACACUGCAGGACGCCGUCAUCAAAACUAUCGGAUCCUUCGCCAACACGCUUCCUGUCUACCAGAGGUCAGAGGUCAUGCUGUUCAUCAUGGGGAAGAUCCCGGUCCCGGGUAUCUACCCGGCGCUGGGGUUGCCCAACGCUGGGUUUGAAGGCAGCAGAAUGAUCCAGGUGAUGUUGCUGAAGUCCCUCCUCCAGGUGUCGGAGCAUUACGAAAGCACUAAUCUGUUGACGGCGUUGCCCUCGUCCUUCCUGGAGCCUCUGCUGUCCUUCACCCUGAUGGAGGAUCCAGAGAUCCGUCUGCUGGUCCUGUCCAUCCUCACCUCGCUCAUUGACAGACGCCACAACGCCGCCAGACUCACCGCUGCCAGUGUGAUGUUUGAUGUCUCCGUCUUGGACCUGAAGGAGGACAGAUGCUCUCGACAGGACAACCUGUUCAUCAGGAAGCAUGCUCAGCGUCUCUACAGACACGUCUACCUCACCUGUAAAGAGGAGAGCAGUGGGCGGAGCCACUACCAGGCCAUCGUCACCCUGCUGGCUGUUGUCAGUGUGGAACUGGCCAAUGAGGAGGUGGUGGUGGACCUGAUCCGAUUGGUCCUCGCUCUGCAGGAUCUGGCAUUGUCCAAUCAUGAGUGUCUGUCAGUGUUUAACCGCUGUGGUGUUCACGCCGUCUGCGCCGCCUUCCUCAGCCUGCUGUCCCAGCUUGGUCCACCUGCGUCGCUCCGCCAACACGUCACACAGGUCAUAGAGCGCCGUCAGAGGGACGCUCCACACCUGCUGCCUGAAGACGUCUUCUGUGACAACCCCAGGCUGCCAGCAGGUGACCUGAAGGUGGACGAAGCCUUUCUGUUUGACCAGUCAAAGAUGUGUGAGGCUCUGACAGGAAGCAGCUACAGUGCACACACCGAACGCUUCAACACAUCAUACACACCUCAGCUUACAGAUGAGGAUCGUCUGUCGAAGAGGAAGAGCGUUGGAGAUGUGAUCUCUCUGCAGAUAGACAUGGACCCCGAGACCUGUCCUGAUACUCAACAGCGUCCUCAGACGGAGCACAUCACCUUUGAGUCGUUGAAGAACACCAUCGAGGACAGAGGGGGUGUGGAGGAGGAGGAGAGGAGGAGGAGGAUGCUGGUGGUGGAGAAGUUUCAGACGGCUCCGUUUGAGGAAAUCGCUGCUCACUGCGGAGCCAAGACGUCUCUGCUUCAGUCCAAACUGGAUCAGGUGUUCGAUUUGAUCGUACGUCCUCCUCCGUCUCCGUCCAGACACUCGCCGCCUCGCUCCACGCCGCUUCACGAGAUGAAGUUCCCAGACCUCUGCGUCUAUUAGACCCUCAGGCUCGUUCAGCAACAAGUUAACACCACCUUCAUUCAUGUGAUGAGCUGCCAUUAAUGAUAAGGAGGCAGGAGAGGAGACGAGGAGACAAGGAGGGAGGAGAGGGGAGGAGAUGAGGAGGGAGGAAAGGAGUUGAGGAGGCAGGAAAGGAGAUGGGGAGGGAGGAGAG